CACUUGAUUGCUUGUUUGAAACAAGUAUUCCUUCUGAGAAUGAAAUUCUGAAUGAAUUUGAAUUAAUGUUAGAAAAUAUUCAAGAAUCAGUUAGUAAUUUAGAUGAUUUUAUUAACAAGGCUGAUACCAAUACUAUAUUCUUAAUAGAAAUUGAGUCUUUAAACAGAUUAACAAAUUUAAAUUAA